CUGAAGAGCUUUGCAAGGCGCAUAACUCACGAUGGAACGAGAGGAUGAACUCCCAUUCGUUUCUCACAGAUCGGUGCUGGUGUGUGGAUCAGCUUGUGUCGCGUCUUCUCAAUAUCUUGCUUCAAAUAUUGGAAUAGAAAUACUGAAGAAGGGAGGGAAUGCGGCAGAUGCUGCGGUAGCUGUUGCUGCAGCAUUAAAUGUCACAGAGCCAACCAGCACCGGUAUAGGAGGGGACGCUUUCUGCCUCUACUAUGAUAACAACACAAAGAAGGUUCAUGCACUGAAUGGCAGUGGAAGAUCACCGGGGAAACUGACACUUGAGUUGUUAAACAGUCAAGGUUACUCCAAGAAGCACAUGUUCCCUUCCAACCAUGGUCAUACUGUUACUGUACCUGGAGCUGCUGCAGCUUGGUGUGAUUCUGUGGACAAGUUUGGCAGUGGCAAGUUGUCCAUGGCAGAGAUACUGGAACCAGCCAUAAAGCUUGCUGAGCAUGGUUUCCCUGUUCAGAAAAUAACUGCUCAUGCUUGGAAACAAGGUAGCUGGCUACUGCAGGAACCGGACAAUACAUAUGGUCAGGAUCUGCUCAUUGAAGGCCGGGCACCAGGACAUGGGGAGAUUAUGAAGAAUCCUAAGCUUGCCAAUACUUUUAAGGAAUUAGCGGAGAAUGGGAAGAAAGGUUUUUAUGAAGGAAGAAUUGCUCAAGCUAUAUGUGAUGCUGUGACAAAGUUUGGAGGAGUUAUGUCCCUUGAAGAUUUGAAAGCACAUGUGACCACAUUUGAAGAACCAAUCAGAACUAACUAUAAAGGUCACACAGUAUGGGAGAUUCCACCUAAUGGACAGGGGAUUACAGCUUUAAUGGCUCUAAAUAUUUUGGAGGAGUUCAACUUGAAAGACAUGGGGCAUAACUCUGGUCAGUAUUUACACAUUUUGAUAGAAGCAUUGCGUUUGAGUUUUGCUGAUACAUUCAAGCAUUGUGCUGACCCAUCUAAAGUUCAUGUUCCAAUAGACAAGAUGUUGUGCAAAAAAUAUGCAUCAGAGAGACGACAGCAUAUUAGCAGUGAUAGAGCAAUACCCGAGGUUUGUUCUGGGGAGAGUCUCAGUGGCAGUGACACAGUCUACUUUAGUGUUACUGAUUGCCAUGGUAACGCCUGCUCCUUCAUCAACAGUAACUAUAUGGGGUUUGGGACUGGAAUUGUGCCUGAGAACUGUGGGUUCACUCUACAGAAUAGGGGAUACAACUUUACACUAGAACCAGAUCAUCCCAAUGUUAUAGCACCAAACAAAAGGCCAUACCAUACCAUUAUACCUGCAAUGGUCACGUCUGCUGAAACUGGUGAAUUACUAGCUAGUUAUGGUGUUAUGGGAGGUUUCAUGCAGCCACAAGGUCAUGUACAGGUCCUGCUGAACAUGAUCGAGUUUGGAAUGGAUCCACAGCAGGCUCUAGAUAUGCCCAGAUUCUGUAUAGGUCAUGGUCAUACGGUGAAAACGGGAAGUCUUGAACAUGUUGCACUGGAAUAUGGUAUUCCAGACACUGUGGUGAAACAGCUAAAGGAUAUGGGCCAUGAUGUCACGCCUCAUAUAAAAGGUUUUGGGAGGUCCCUUUUUGGAAGGGGUCAGAUCAUUGCACAAGGAAAUUGGCCAUUCAAACCAGAGAACAACUGUUACUGGGCAGGUUCUGAUCCAAGAGCUGAUGGGGCUGCUUUUGGUUACUGAGUUUUGUUUGACUUUCAGCUACAAACUUCUGUUGUUAUUUAAUAAUAUGUUAUUAAGAAUUCCUAGUCAGUUUACAGUUCUCAUGUACACGGGUAUCUUUAUGUAGAACUACUUUUGUAUACAGAUUUUCAUUAUUUAAUUGAUCACAAAGAAAAUCAAGAAAUCUACGUGUUGUAUAAAAUGUGUCCAUGUUUUAUAAGGCUUGAAUUGUAUGAUAAGUAUAUUUAAGAAAUAAUAAGUUCCCAAACGUGGUUUAUCGUAGAAUAACCCGAGUUUUGAGUUUUUAUGCAUAUGAAUAUAUCACGAAGGCCUCAGGCCUGAGUGAUAUAUUGUUUCGCAUAAGAACGAAAUAUUCGGGUUAUUCUACAAUAAAUCACACUUGGGAACUUAUUAUUUCGAUUCUAACACAACAUACUAGUAUCAACAGUGUUAGAAAAAAUGGUAACUACUUUUUUACGACCGUGCUAUGCACCUGAAUCAGAUGACAUCAUUGCACGCGAGUGGUUUAUUGCAGAAUGACCCGAGAUAGAUUUUGCUCUACAUAUAUGUAGGUUAUUUGCUGGUGGUGUUAGAAUCCUUACUGAACAUGGACCUGUUCAAAAAUAAAAAAAAUAAUGAAAAAUGCUUAAAUCUGCAUAUGAAUCAGAUAUAACUAAGGAGUGAUUUUAACACUAUUGCAUUUUGAACUUACAUUUCAGGUCAGAUUUACCAAUGUAAUUUUUGUUAAAACAAUUGCCUUUAUUUUAAGUUGUAAGCUGUAAAGACAGAAACAGUUCAUGAAUUGAAAGUUUUAACCUGUUGUAAACGAAAAAAACAAAAAAAAUUUUAAUCUGUUUGGAUGAGGAAUAUUUCAGUCGGGUAUAGUGGUAAAGGUAUAGGUAAGCUUUAUUUAACGUCGCAUAUAAUCCAACAUAUAACACGAGCUACAAAGCUCUUGUACGACAAACUAGGUAUCCAGUAACAGAUACUUACCUGUGCUUAUUUUACCUCCUGGUACUACCCUUUCAAUGCUGAGUGCCAAGCAAGGGAGCUACCAGUACCAUUUUUCACGUCUUUGGUAUGACACGGCCGGGGAUCGAACCCCAGACCUUCCGCACUCAAAGCGGACACUCUACCACUAGGCUAUUGAGGCGGUUAUAGAGUGCAUGUCAAUAUUUCAAAGAACAUCUGGACGCUUUCUACCUGACAUCAAUUGAUAUUGUAAAUGAAAUAUGUUUAAACAUGUUAUAAUCUGAUAUUUUAAUGGAAGUAGAUUAAACCUUACAUAUUCCAGAUUGUUGACAAUCUUUAGUUGGUAUUUGGCCUGAUGGUUUUACAUGUACUUUGUAUUGUCUAUUUAGAGAUUGAAUGCUAUUUUUUGUACCUUUAUACAAGUACGAACCACAUUGGGACUUCUUGCAAUUCUACGAAUCGCAAUAUGUAUAGCGAAUGUAAAUAUAAAUUAAUAUACAUUUUACUUCUAAUCAUACACAAGUUUUAUUCUGAUGCCAAAUUUUUUUGUUACGAUCUUUUUGUUUGGUUUAUCUAAAUUUGCUCAGUAAUUACAUUUGAGCCAUGCAGUGAGAAAACCAACAUAGUUCAUUUGCGACCAGCAUGGAUCCUGACCAGCCUGCGCAGUCUGGUCAGGAUCCAUGCUUUUCGCUAACUUUUUCUCUAAUUGCAAUAAGCUUUGUAAGAGAACAGCAUGGAUCCUGACUAGUCUUGAUCCAUGCUGGUCGCAAAUGCACUAUGUUGGUUUACUCAUGGUGCAGCUCACAUUAUGUAUUAUAAUUUUAUCCAUUGUCUUCUUACAUUGGUUGUACACACUAACCAGACUUUUUCAAAAUUAUAAUUUUAUCAGAUGCUUAGAUGUGUUUUAGAAAAACUCGCGAUUAUGUGUGAUACAUGGUAUUCUACAAAGUUGAACAUUAUUGAUAUAUCAAGGUUAGUUACUUGCUCUUUUUAUGUGACACAUGGAUUUCUACAAAUUUUAACAGAAUUGUUAUGUAACGUUUAGUUACUUGCUAUUUUUUCAUGUGAUGUAUGGCAUUUUACAAAUUUUGAACUAAAUUGGUUUGUCUAGGACAGGUGCUUGCUCUUUUCAAAUUGUAUACGACUUUAUACGACACAAAUUUAGGCAUUAUUGACAUGUCAAGGUCAAUUACUUGCUGUUUAGAAAGCAGAUGUUUACACAAAUUUUAUACAUGUAUAAAAAUCCCCUUAAUUUUAAAUUAUGGCUCAUCAUUUCAUGGGAGACAUAUUGUAUUUGUCAUUGCAGUCUCCUCUGUCUGUCCAUCCUUAUUUAAUUUGUUUAUUGAAAAAUUGGCUUGAUUUCAAUGAUGAUUGGAAUAAAUCCUAGUUGUGCAUCAGCUUGACACAUCAUGGUAAGAUUAUUUUUAUUGCAGAAUUAUUGCCCCUUGAAUGUAAUCUGUAAUAAAAUUUGUCUGGACUUCUAUACUGUUGGUGGGAUUUGAUUAAAAAUUCAUAGGAAUGAUGUGUUAAUGAUAGCACACUAUUUUUGUUGUUGAUAGAAUAUGUUUGUUAAUGAUAUAUUUGUGUUAAUGAUAGCACAAUAUUUUUGUUGUUGAUAGCACAAUAUUCUGUAGCAAGAUGGUAUUUUUGUUAAUGAUAGCACAAUAUUCUGUAGCAAGAUAUGAUAUUUUUGUUAAUGAUAGCACAAUACUCUGCAGCAAGAUAUGAUAUUUGAUGUAUAGAGAAAAGAGGAUUUAAUGAUAGAGCCAUAGAAAACUAUGUUAUAUUAUCAGAAGUGAGCUUUAUUUUUGACCUCAAAAUGUUCAAUGUUAGAUAUCUUAUGGAUGAUAUAAUUUUUUGUGAUAUGUUAUUUACAAUAACCAAUAAAGUAUGAUCUAAU